CGCAGUGCGCACGUCAAAGCCGGGCUCGGGCCGGGAACGGGGAGCGGCGCGGCCUGGGAGAGACUGAAGCUCCGGGAGCCGGGUGAAGGCGAAGGCAAAGGCGGUGCCGGGCCCGCAGCAGCAGCAGUCGCAGCCCAGACGACCGAGCGCAGCAGUGCGGCGGCCGCCGCGGGAGCCCCUGGGCCGUCGUCAGCCCGCGCAGCCGCCGCCAGGGUAGCUCGUUGCCGGGAGCAGGAGCGGGCAGAAGACAACGGAGGGGCCGAGCGCCCGAGCCGCGCCGCGGGGACCGAGCGAGCAGCCCGAGGCGGCGGAGGCGGCCGAGGACGGGGACGGCGACGACUCGGAGGCGGAGAGGAAGCCGCCCGGCCCAGCCCCGUAAAGCAGGCCGAGUGCAGCGAGGCGUCCCGCGGCCGUCAUGCCGUUCCCCUUCGGGAAGUCCCACAAGUCCCCGGCGGACAUCGUGAAGAACCUGAAGGAGAGCAUGGCCGUCCUGGAAAAGCAGGACAUUUCCGACAGGAAGGCAGAAAAGGCCACAGAGGAAGUUUCAAAAAAUCUGGUUGCCAUGAAAGAAAUUCUCUAUGGCACCAAUGAGAAGGAGCCGCAGACAGAAGCAGUGGCACAGCUGGCUCAAGAGCUGUACAACAGCGGGCUCCUGAGCACCCUGGUGGCGGACCUGCAGCUCAUUGACUUCGAGGGCAAAAAAGAUGUGGCUCAAAUUUUCAACAAUAUUCUCAGAAGACAAAUUGGUACAAGGACUCCUACUGUUGAAUACAUCUGCACCCAACAGAAUAUUUUGUUCAUGUUAUUGAAAGGGUAUGAAUCUCCGGAAAUAGCUCUAAAUUGCGGGAUAAUGUUACGAGAGUGCAUCAGACAUGAACCACUUGCAAAAAUUAUUCUGUGGUCAGAGCAGUUUUAUGAUUUCUUCCGAUAUGUUGAAAUGUCAACAUUUGACAUAGCUUCAGAUGCGUUUGCCACAUUCAAGGAUUUGCUCACGAGACAUAAAUUGCUCAGUGCAGAAUUUUUGGAACAGCAUUAUGAUAGAUUCUUCAGUGAAUAUGAGAAGUUGCUUCAUUCAGAAAACUAUGUGACAAAAAGACAGUCACUCAAGCUUCUUGGUGAGCUGUUACUAGACCGACACAACUUCACAAUUAUGACAAAAUACAUCAGUAAACCCGAGAACCUCAAACUCAUGAUGAAUCUCCUACGAGACAAAAGCCGCAACAUCCAGUUUGAGGCCUUCCACGUUUUCAAGGUGUUCGUUGCCAACCCUAACAAGACUCAGCCCAUCCUAGACAUCCUCCUCAAGAACCAGACCAAACUCAUCGAGUUCCUCAGCAAGUUUCAGAACGACAGGACCGAGGACGAGCAGUUUAAUGACGAGAAGACCUACUUGGUCAAACAGAUCAGGGACUUGAAGAGACCAGCUCAGCAAGAGGCCUAACUGCCCCCGUAAACAUCCAAACUAGUAAACCCAAACCCAGCACUUGCUGUUAGCUCUUCAGCAUCAGGCACUCUUUCCAAUUCAUGAGGAACAAUACUGCUCAUCUGCUGUUAAGUGAACGGUUUUUCAUUUUACCUUGUUUUGUUUUGUUUUGUUUUGUUUUUAGUCGAACCUGGAGAAGGUAGCUGCUGCUUUCUUGCACACUAGAGCACACGUGGACUUUUCUUGAUCUUUGUGUCAUUUCAGGAUUCAGAGACCCUGUUUGCUGUAGGAGCCGUGGACACGGCUAGGUUCCUGAGGGCAGGAGGAGGGGCGGUGUGUGGUGGAGGGGCGGAGGCGUCGAUGGGGUCAGACUGACCUGCGGGUUUGCGUUGGUCUUCGUAAGAGCGGGGCGUGGGUUCUCGGUGCGGAGGUCGCCUUCACCAGAGGAAGACGGUGCUGCGUCUGGAAUCGGGGGUCCGCACCCACGACGUGAGCUUUUGGGUGGAUAAAAUUGACAUGAGAAUAACUUGAUACUGAAACUUAGCAACUCCUUAAAAGUGUGAAGCUUCAUAAGGUCAUGAGGAAAAUGUAUAUAUGCUUUUGACAGCUUUCUAGAAUUUUUUGACAUUUGAUUUUCUUAAGACUUAUAAACCUGGAUAUGUUGGAAGGUCUCUUCAGACGGUAGAGCAGCGACACCUUGCGUGUCAUUUCAACGAUGCUCGUGGGUUUCUUUUGUACAUAAUCCUUAGAAUGCUCAUUUCUUUUAAAUGAUUUAAUUUGUACAGCAGAGGAAUGUUAUUGUAUUAGUAUGUAACUAUUACCUAAUGUUGAGUUUUUGCAAAAAAUGAAUGCUUAUAUGUAAUUGAAAUACUUCAGAUCACAUGAAAAUGCUGAUUUAACAUUUAAGUAUCACAGCAUUAAAAGGAAAAAGUAAACCAGUCCUUCGUAUUCAGUUAUCUAAUGGGGUGCCAUCAAUAGGGUACAGUACAGACUCGGAACUCAGCUCCUGCAUCAUACUGGCCUUAUCCAUGUAAAAUGAGUCGUAAGUUUGCUCGGUCUGUGAAUGAUGCCGACUGUGCUGAGUCAGCGCUGGUUCUUUGGGGGGGCAGGGAGCGUGUGCAGCACCUCUUCUUCUUUAGCGUAAGGAACCAGCACCAUAGUCGUGAAACUGAGUGAUCAAGACCUCGGCUUCUCUUAGGAAGAGUUUCUAGUCAUAGGUGUUCUGUGGGGAAAUGUAUUUUUCUUAAUGUCCUUUUCCUUAAUGCUGCAAAUGAUCAGUAUUUAUAAAAUAACUGAUUUUGCACCACUUUUUUGUUACUGUGACCACGGCAGAGCUGCGUCUCCUAGAAUAUAUCUCUCCAAAGUUAUUAGAAUGGUAUCUGUUCAUCUUAGUGAUGCAAAGACCACAACUAACAACUUACAGAUCAGAGUUUGCCAGUUCGAACUCAGCAUGGCUGUGGCUGACUAGGAAAUUUAUAUGAUUAUUCUUUGCUAGCUUCUCUUACUAAUUGAAUUAUUUAUCGGCCAGUAAAAUGAGACUCCCAAGUGAUGUUCCAGCAGGUUGUAAAAACACCAGUUUAAAAAGUAGCUCUGGAAAACACAGAUGUAUUGCAUUCUAUUUAAUUACGCAGCAGCCUGCAUUGAGAUCGGUUUUCCAAGGCUGUCUUGACCACCGUCUGUGUGAAAUCUUUCAUGUGUCCUGUUGGCAGUAGGGAAAGCGACCUCAGCUUCUCUGAAUGAAAACACCAAGGUGUCGGGGACGGCAGGCUUGGCUGUGACGCAUGCCUUGGUCCCAGUGCUCUAGGCCUGGUGUCAGGGUCUGUUGAGAACAUCACACCAAGUGGAAGAAAGGUCUCCCUGCCAGGCUGGUUCUUAGAACUUGAGACGAUGCUGCAGCCUCCACGCGGGGGAUGCCAUCGCCGCGCUCGGUGUGGGGCGAGGGCGCAGCGUGCCCGGGACUGCCGGCGAGGUCCCACCCACAGGAGUCUGGAGGGAGGUACGGCUUGGGGGUUCUUUGUUUGUUUGUUUGUUUGUUUUUAACAAAAAUGUGAAAACAUUCAAGGUUGAAAAGUUGCAUUUGAAGUUAUGACCAUUUAAUAUAUUCAUGUUACCCAAACUGUUGUACCGGAAGUGGUUUCUCUCCGUGUAGGGGGUUCAAUUUCACACGAGUCAGUUACUCCCGUGGUUGUUGACCCGGAAGAAAACGAAGGUUGAGGCGCAGGCAGCUGUUGGCAGUGUCGCGAGGGCAUUCCUUUCUCGGGGGGGAAGUAAAUUUCUCGUCCGACUGUCUGGCCCUGUAAUUUAAAUUCAAAUAAAAUUUUGGAGCAACA